UUCUCCUCAUAGUGAAGUCACUCACAUCUCUUAAAAUGGCUUUCAAGCUGGUAGUCCUGGUCUGCGCUUUCGCCGCCGCUAACGCGGGCAUCAUUGCCCCUGCGGCCUACACGGCUCACCCCGCUCCCGUCGCCUACGCUGCUGCCCCCGCGGCGCACGUAGUGCACGCUGCCCCCGUGGCAUACGCCGCCCCCGUCGCCAAGGUGGUGGAGGAGUACAACGCGCACCCCCAGUACAGCUUCGCGUACGACGUGCAGGACGGUCUCACCGGCGACUCCAAGAGCCAGCACGAGAGCCGCGACGGUGACGUCGUGCAGGGCUCCUACUCCGUGGUCGACCCCGACGGCACCAAGCGCACCGUGGACUACACCGCUGACCCGCACAACGGUUUCAACGCCGUCGUGCGCAAGGAGGCUAUCGGACACGUCGCUAAGGUCGUCGCCCCUGUUGCCAAGGUGGCCGCCCCCGUUGCGUACCACGCCGCCCCCGUAGUGCACGCUGCCCCCGUCGCAUACCACGCUGCCCCGGUGGUGCACGCUGCCGCCCCCGUCUACCACCCUGCCCCCGUUGCCUACUCCGCCCCUGUCUACCACCACUGAAAGUGAAACCUAGUCAUCAUAGUCAUGCCUUAAACUGAAGAUUAUUUAUUUAUUACA